AUGGCUCAGCCUCAUCCUCUUUGCUCUUCCCCUUGUUCUACUUCUUCCUUCUCAUUCCCUUCUCACAAACCCUUCACCAUCAUCCCUUCUCAUUCCAGAACCCUUCUCCAGCCCCCACGCUUCUCCGUACAACAACCCUUCAGCACUCUACAAGACUCGAAACUUGAUGACCUGGAUGCAAAGCCUUCGUCUUUAUCCAAAAAUUCCAUCUGGGUUAAUCCCAAAAGCCCCAGAGCUAAGCAACUUUGGAAGACUUCUCCUCAAGCCAGGUCGUCAUUUCUCUCCAAACUCGCCAAGUCUCUGGACUCGUGCCACCCCACCCACGAACACGUCGCCGAAAUCCUCAACGUUUUAGGGGACAACGUUUUCGAACGCGAUGCUGUGUUUAUUCUCAAUAUCAUGGUCAAUCCGAGUACUGCACUCCUCGCUCUUGAGCACUUCCAGCAAAAGAUUAACCCAGCAAAGCACGUUGUUCUUUACAACGUUACUAUGAAGGUGUUUAGGGAGGUUAGGGAUUUUGAAGGUGUAGAGAAGCUGUUUGAUGAAAUGCUUCAAAGAGGAGUCAACCCUAAUAUCAUUACGUUUUCAACUAUAAUUAGCUCUGCUUCCAUGUGUUUUUUGCCGCACAAGGCUGUGGAGUUUUUUGAGAAAAUGCCCUCUUUCGGGGUUGAACCUGAUAAGAAUAUAGCGCCCUUUAUGAUUCGUGCUUAUGCAACUAGUGGUAAUGCUGACAUGGCUUUGAAACUCUACGAUCGUGCAAAAGCAGAGAAAUGGCGCGUUGAUACGGGGGUGUUCUCGGCAUUGAUUAAGAUGUGUGGGGUGUUGGAGAAUUUUGAUGGAUGUUUAACUGUUUACAAUGAUAUGAAGGUUCUUGGUGUCAAGCCUAACAUGGUAACUUAUAACACUCUGUUGUAUGCCAUGGGAAGAGCUAAGAGGGCCUUGGAUGCAAAGGCUAUAUAUGAGGAGGUGAUAAAUAGUGGAUUUUCACCAAGUUGGGCUACCUAUGCAGCUCUUUUACAAGCCUAUUGUAAAGCACGGUUUCGUGAGGAUGCGCUGAGAGUUUACAAGGAAAUGAAAGAAAAGGGACUGGAUGUUGACGUAGUUCUUUAUAACAUGCUUUUUGACAUGUGUGCUGAUGUUGGUUGCUUGGAUGAAGCUGUUGAAAUCUUUGAAGACAUGAAAAGUUCGGGGACUUGCCAGCCAGACUAUCUGACAUAUUCGUGCUUGAUCAAAAUGUACAGUUCUCAUCUCAAACACACCGAUUCUUUGGAGUUGAGCAAUUCAUGGGAGCAACAGGUCUCCACAAUUUUGAAUGGUCUAGUGGACAAGAUUUCAGAAGGAGAUGUUAUAUUUAUUCUCAAUAAGAUGGUGGAUCCCAACGCUGCAUCCUUUGUUCUUAGAUAUUUCCAGAGCAAGAUUAAUUUCACUAGAGAUAAAGAGGUGAUUACUUACAAUGUGACCUUGAAUUUGUUUAGGAAGUCUAGGGAUUUUGAAGGAGCAGAAAAGUUGUUUGAUGAAAUGCUUUAUAGAGGGAUAGAACCUGAUAACAUUACAUAUUCAACAAUGGUUAACUGUGCUAGUGUGUCUGGUUUGCCUGAUAAGGCCGUGGAGCUAUUUGAAAAAAUGUCCAGCAUUGGUUACGAGCCUGAUGGCAUGACAAGCUCAGCCAUUAUAUAUGCUUAUGCACGUACAAACAAUGUUGAUAAGGCUUUGAACCUAUAUGAUCGUGCGAAAGCUGAGAAAUGGCGGAUUGAUGCUGUAGCAAUCUCAGCAUUGAUCAAGAUGUUUAGCGUUGCAGGAAACUAUGAUAAAUGCUUAAAAAUCUACCAAGAAAUGAAAGCUCUUGGUGUGAAGCCUAGUGUGGCGACAUAUAACAAUUUGUUGGGUGCCAUGUUGAGAGCUAGGAAGCACCGACAAGCCAAGGCUAUAUAUAAAGAGAUGAGAAAUAUUGGUGUUUCACCAGAUUUUAUAACAUAUGCAUCACUUUUGGAACUCUAUACUAGAGCACUAUGUGGUGAAGAUGCUCUUGGUCUUUAUAAGGAAAUGCAAGAGAACGGAGUCGAUGUGACUGCGGAUCUUUAUAACAAGCUUUUGUCUAUGUGUGCUGAUCUUGGCUACAUAGAUAAAGCUGUUGAUAUUUUUUAUGAUAUGAAAUGUUCUGGGUCUUCCCAGCCUGACAGCUGGACAUUUUCUUUCUUAAUUACCAUGUAUUCCCGCAGUGGGAGAGUUUCAGAGGCGGAAGGGAUAUUAAAUGAAAUGAUCCAAUCUGGAUUUCAACCUAAUAUUUUUGUUUUGACAUCACUUGUCCAGUGCUAUGGAAAAGUUAAGCGAACUGAUGAUGUUGUGAAGAUAUUUAAUCAACUUCUGGAAUUGGGCAUCGUUCCAAAUGAUCAUUUCUGCAGUUGCCUUCUGAAUGUUCUAACUCAAACACCAAAAGAAGAGUUUGGUAAGCUAACAGAUUGCAUUCAGAAGGCUAAUGCAAAACUUGGGACAGUGGUAAAAUAUUUGGUGGAAGGGAAGGAGGGCAAUGGAGAUUUUAGAAAGGAAACGGUAGAACUUCUAAAUUCAAUUGAUGCUGAAGUGAAAAAGCCUUUAUGCAAUUGUCUAAUUGAUCUUUGUGUCAAACUGAAUGUGCCUGAAAGAGCAUGUGACCUUCUGGAUUUAGGACUGAUGCUUGAGAUAUAUACAGAUAUACAAUCCAGAUCUCAAACUCAGUGGUCUUUGCAUCUGAAGGAACUCUCAGUUGGAGCUGCUAUGACUGCAUUACAUGUUUGGAUUAAUGACUUGUCUAAGGCACUGGAAUCAGGGGAGGACCUUCCUCCACUUCUUGGAAUUAAUACUGGGCAAGGAAAACACAAGUAUUCAGACAAAGGCUUGGCUACGGUAUUUGAAUCACAUCUGAAGGAACUGAAUUCUCCAUUCUAUGAGGCUCCAGAUAAGGCUGGCUGGUUUUUGGUUACAGAGGCUGCAGCCAAAUCAUGGCUGCAAUCUAGGGGUUCAACAGAAUCAAUUGCUGGUUUGAACACUCUGGCUUUGGCUGUUCCAACAAUGGCCCUUUAG